UUGUACCUGUCAAUCAUAUCCACCGAAUUAGGUCAACAAACCUUAUGGUCCUGGGCCGCGACUUGGUCCCGAUGGCGGCGACAAUGGAGGUGGGGAGCUGGUUCAAUACCCCUGCUAUGUCCAACAAGGAUAGAGUGUGGAUUCGUGAGUGCUAUAGCGACGUCUACACCGACAUCAGGGAGCUCGCGAGCGUGGGCAAGCGCUACAUCCACAUCUCGGGGGACCCCGGAAUCGGCAAGUCGUGUUUUCUGUGGUACGUUCUCAGGAGGCUCCUCGACGAUGGAGAGACGGCCGUCAUAGUAGAGCUCCUCGUAGGAAUCACCGUGAAUGCUUUCGUCUUCAAGCAGGAUGGGAGUUGCGACGCGGAAGAUUCACCGGAUUACAACCGCCCGGGGGUUUGGCUUCUUACUGAUGAGGCAUUUGUUGGGCACAGGGCUUGGAACGGAACCACGGUCUUGUUCGCGUCACCCGAGAAAGAUAAGUGGAUACAAGCAGAAAAGACUAUGCAGGAACGCAAGUUCACGACGCUUUACAUGCCGCCUUGGUCUGUCGACGAGUUGCAGGCCGUCUAUUUUUCAGAUCCCGAGAAUGAAGGCGAAUACAUGGAGUUCUGGGCGAAGUAUUACGUUGCCGGGCCAAUCAUAAGGCACUACGUCACGCCUUUGAUAAAGGUCCUCAGCGAGAAACUCACGGCCGUCGAGAAAGUUGUGGAUGGCGGGGUGCUGAACGCGACAUUAUUGAAGGCACACGAGAUCUUCGUUUCCUGGCCAACUCUCGACUUCACCCGCGUGGACCAUUUCUCCUUUGCUUCGGAGUGGGCAGCGGAUUGUUUUGCAAUCGCAUGCUUCAAUGGUCAGAUCAAGAACUGGAUCGCGUCCACUUUAUUUUUGGCAGCGAACCGUUCAUUGCGGAGUGCAGCUGGAGUUCUGUUCGAACGUGUUGCUCAUUAUCGACUCUCGAUGGGUGGUGACUUUUGUAGCAUUGACGAUCCGACCAGAAAGCUUCAUUUGGAGAAGCGGGAAGUGAAGUAUUUCUCCAGUAACAGUCUUGAUCUGCAAAUACCUGGCCUCUACUACUUACAACCCAGUAGCACGUCAUUCCCUGUGAUAGACUCGGUGUAUCCUCCACUCGUCCUUUUCCAGAUCUCUAUUGCCACGAAGCAGAGACCAAUGAAGAAGUGUGACUACGAUGCCUUGUGCUCUUCUUUGAUGGCGUUCAGAAACGAGCACCCUGAUAUUCCGUCGGGCCUGGAAGGUGUGCCGGAGCCGAACCGAGUGCACGCUAUUCUAGUGAAGAUGGAGGGUGACAAUGCAAAGCAUUCGCAACGCCUGUGCAUGGUGGAAGACGCUCCGGAAGACGCUCCAGCGAAUGAAACGGCUCCUCGCCGGUCGGCACGAAAGAGAGCACGUACACAGAGGAGCAUUUCCAAGGUCAAGCAAGGGGAGACAGCAGGGGUAAUGAAAAAGAGGACGUUCCUGCCUUUCCAGAUGACCAUUGCUCUCAAGAUGGACCAUACUGUUCCCGACACGCUUGACUACCCGUCCCUUCAACAGAUACACGACAUUGUCUGUGCAAGAAUGGACGGUGCAGUCUAUACUGGAGCACUCAAGUUUGCGGACAUUAAAAGAGAAGAGGCGGACUUUGCAAGAGUAUUGAUGCGCCAAGGGAAGGGAAGCAUCCAGUACGAGGAAGAAAUGGACGGGGUUCCCGUUUUUGGCGCAUGGAUUGAAGCUGUUCGCACCAAAGAAGGCAGUGAUUCCGUGGAGAAAACUGUUUUGACUAUCCAGUGCACGGCUGGUAAACUAGCUGGACGAGAGCUGACGCUUUUUGUGAACGAGCGGCUUUUGCCAGACAAGGAGUUUUCUAAUCCUUUGGUUUUGAACAUGCUGCGCCUCGAGGCAGUUAGUGGCGCAGAUGAUGCUGCCUACCAGGUCUGCUGGUCGGGUGCAACAGCAUCUGUUGUCAUUAGAUCAAAUCGGAGAGCUUCUAGGAAGUUGAUGCUGGUAUUUCCAGCAGAACAGACAGAAGAAGAAGAAGAAGACUACAAAGAAGAGGACUAUAUGGAAAUCUGAUCCUAGUUUACACUUCCGGUGCUAAAUCUUUUCCUUGCUUGAAAGCGCGGUUUGUGUUUGUUAAGCUGAUCAUCCUAAUAAAUGUUUAUUUUCGACUUGUA